UAUAUCACCUUCAAGCUGGAGCCAGAGUACACCACAGUCUACCAGGGCCACACAGCCAUCCUACACUGCCAGGCCACAGCAGACCCUGAGCCCCACAUCCAGUGGAUGGUUAAGGACAAGGUGCUGGACACCAGCAGGAGAAGGUAAGGCUUUACACACAGUCUUAGAGAGACAAUAAUAACACACACAACAACAUUUUCUCCCUUUGUGGUGCUGGGAAUAAAAAGGACUGGAUUGCAUUGCACCAUAAAGUGUAUUUGUGUAUGUUUUGGAAAAUCUAUGAAAGGUGUAAUCACAAAAACAAGAUAGUCUUUAACUUGUUGACUGAAACAUCAACAAAUAAAGAUGCAGAGCUGAAAAGUAUAUUGCACAACGUGAAAGGACAGACACUGCACACUGAGGCGACUAAGAGUGUCUGCUAAAUUACUAGAAUGUAAUUUACUCUUGGAUACUAUUUGCGAUACAGGUACUGCAGUGAACCGGAGAAUAAUGUUCCAUGAUAGCUUUCAGGAAUCAAUCACUACCGAACAGUGAAGUAGUGACUUGAUGUGGAGCAUGUGAAUAAGUCCAAGCCAAUUACCCCAGAUAUAUUUUUUGUAUCGGAAGGAGGCAAUCAAGGGAACAAGGGAUAAAGCCUCCAUACUGUGUAACUUUAUUUCACGCUCUUUCUUUCUCUCUCCCUCUCUAUCACAAUUUUUUUCUCUCUCUUUCUAUCCCCCCACUCCUUUCUUUCUUUCUUUCUUUCUUUCUUUCUUUCUUUCUUUCUUUCUUUCUUUCUUUCUUUCUUUCUUUCUUUCUUUCUUUCUUUCUUUCUUUCUUUCUUUCUUUCUUUCUUUCUUUCUUUCUUUCUUUCUUUCUUUCUUUCUUUCUCAGGUUCCAGAUAAUGCCCAAUGACUCUCUGGUGAUAACUGAUGUCACCACGGACGACACAGGCAAGUACACCUGCAUUGCCGGAAACAGCUGCAGCAUC